AUAAUGUAAUAUCUGUCGAUGAAGCUGAACUUGAAGAUGAUGGUGAUAAUAACAAACUAGCUACAACUAACAUUAUUCAAAAAUUAAUUAGUGAAAUUGAUGAUGAUUCUGAGGCUUAUCGUAGCUUAAAUGAGGCUUUAAGCUCAGCAUCAAAUGUUAAAACUUUAAGUGCAGAAACUUCGAAUUCAUCAAAGAUUGAGGUAUUAAAUUCAGCAUCAAAUAUCGAAGCUCUAAAUUUUAUAUCAAAUGUUGAUGAAGCCUUAAAUGUUACAUCAAAUAUUGAUAAAGCUUUAAAUCCAACAUUAAAUCUUAAUAAAAAUUUUAUUACAAAGAUCGAUCCAAAAAUACUCGAAUAUAUAGAUAACAAUAUCGAAGAUUCCAAUAAACAAUUUCUAAGGCAAUUAAUACUGCUUUUUUUAAAUUACAAUAAUAUUUCUGAAGAACCAAAAUUGCUUAUUAACCAGAUUAAAGAGUUAAUUAAAAAUUAUAAUGAAAAUUCAGAUAAAGUAUUUAAAAGAUUGUUAAAAUAUCAAGGACAACCAGUAUUUGCUUAUUUAAUUGGUUUUUUCUAUGAGCAUGGAAUUGGUGUUAAAAUAAAUCAACGGAAGGCUCAGAGAAUGUAUGAACAAGCUAAAGAAUAUGAAAAUAACAUUCAAACUUCUCAAUUAUAUAAUAAGAUUACUAUAGAAGAAUCUUGA